AUGCUGAAGGGGAGAGGCCAGACCACCACUUACAACAGAGAAGAGCGAGCACGGGAACGAUUCCCUCUCCUCCCGUAUACAUCAACACGGCUGGCCGCCGCCUCGGGACUUAAAGAGACGGCUGUGACGGCGGCCUGCGGUCCCACAGCCGGACACACCCGUCUGGAACGAGAGCGCCCUUCCCAGCACCCCGCCAAGGGCGGCGGAGAGGCUUCCCCCCGCCAGCCGAACGGCCCCGCGGGGACGAGCCCCGCCGCCCCUCCGUCCCCGGUAGCGCGGCCAUCCCCGGUGCCGGCCGGCCCCGGCACGCCGGGAGCUGUAGUCCUGGCCCCCCCUCCCCGCCCGCGACCUACUUCUCCCCGGACUGCGGCUCCCGGCGCGCCCCGCGCCCGGCCCGGGAUGGGCGGGCGCGUCCCCACCCCGCAGCUGUUCCCACCCCACGGCUGCGGGACGGAGUCCGGGAGGCCAGAAGCCCACACCAUUAAUCCCCCCGGGGACCAUAGCCGCACAGUGACCCCACGGACGGGUAAAUCGCUGUACCUGCACGUCUGCGAAGACCCCCGUGGUGGAGCCCCCCCGCCCCGCUACAGUGGAGGAGCUCGGGGAGACGUGCCCAAAGCAAUCCCGGCUCCCUCCAUCGUCGCAAACCCCUCGGGAUCCCCGGUGCCCGAUGAGGGCGGGGAGCCCGAGGGGCUGCGAGCGCAUCCCCCUGGGGAACAACGGGGCAAGGCCAAACCGGGCGGGCUGGUGUCACCGCGGGAGGAACAGGAGCGGCACGGCCACCUCCGCGGCCCCGAGACGGGCACGGAGAGCCCGCCCCCGACACGCGCUCCCGCCUCCCGAACUUUUUUGUCUUCGCACGCCUGUGUCCCUCCGCCUCCAACAGAGCAGGGCCGGCCCCACCGCGGCGGAGACGAGAGACCCGCAAGGUGCGCGAGCGCCGGCCGUGCUAAAAAUAACUGCGGCGUGUUAGCAACAGCCUUCCCAUUGGCUGGCCUGCCCGGCGGCGCCUUCGGAUUGGAGCGCUGCCUCGGCCAGUGA